AUGCGGAGAAGAGGGUCUGGAGCGGUGACUGCGCCACGGAGGUUAGAACAUUUCGAUUAUUCAGACUCUUCUUGGAAGGAUGGAGUUAUUAGUGAAAAGCUUGGCGGUAGAUUAGCGCGUGGAGGUCUAACUUUAUAAGUGAUGAGUCAGUUUUGGUGACAUCUCGGACUUGUUGUAGGAAACGAUGCUUGCCUAAUUCGCCAUUAUAACUCAUUCCAAAUUCUGCUGCAUCCACGGGGUUGUUAUUAUUAUGCUUAUUAUAAUUCAUAUGAGGAGCUCUCCCUAUAGGGGCUGUGACAGACAGACAGAGGCCAGGUGGGAGAGGCAGAGGAGCCGCACCUCUCCUCUCCAUGCGCGCGCGUCUCGGUGCUACGGGGGCCUGCGUAAUGAGGGCACCUAUGGGGCCCUCCUGGAUGGAGAGGUGUCCUAACCUCGCCACGGCCGGUCAGAAUUGAAGCAGCCGACACCUGCGCGUCACCCUCCCUCCUUCCUCCUCCCCCCUUAUUCUCUGUGCUCCCCCUCCGGGCAGCCCCCGUCACCGAGAGUUCAUACUCCGCGCGCAACUUUUGACAACGAUAAUGAUGUGCAUGGUGAUGCUGAAAAUCUAAGGAGGGGCUGUUGUAGGGAAAUAAGGACUCUCAAUGUCCGUACAGAGGAGGGGCACUUACAUUUCUCCUCAGGACCAUUUCACUUGUGAUGGAAAAGCACCACUCUGCAGCCUCCCACUGAACUGAUGAAUACAUAAUCUGCUGGCUGGUUCUCUUACAGCCCACAGGAAAACUAUCAGUUUCCAUUCAGGCGUUUGCUGUAAAAUGUAAAAGACGACUUAAUAAUAAAAAGACUAAAGAAUAAAUGAUUAAAUCGAGCAAAGAAUGAUUAAAAAUUGAAUAUUUUCCAUAAUAUAAUCAACUCACUCUCAUAAGUUCAGCAUCACAAACUGAAAGGUACCUGCUUCAUUUUAGUAAACUGUCAACAUUAAACUGAGAUGCUGCAGACUUUAACUACAUAUGAACUCUUCCACUGAGACAUGGCCGAUUACAGUUCUCUCUAUGUCGUGUUCAGUGCAAAAAAAGUUGUUGUGCAGUUCUACCCCAGAAAGAAUUCCCUCUCACAGGGCAUGAUCCAAAGGGUCACCAGGGGUGGCCAUGACCCCUCUAAAAUCUGAGUGACCAUCCCAGUGGCCACCCCUAAAUACUUAAUGAUUGGCUAUAUUUACAUCAUCAGAGGUUGCACUUAAGUUUAAAAGAAUAACUAUUUUGGCUGUGUUGUCGUACACUGUUUGCAGCAGUCUUUGCAUUUAGACAGAGCAUCUUUUUAUUCUGAUGGUACUUUAAAUCAUGAUAAACAGUAUGUGCUUUUAGUUUAGAUAAACCAUCAAAAACUGUCCCGUUUGCUAGUAAGCAUUAGAAUCGCUAGCUGGUAAAAGGAAAUGAUAAUAUUUUUGUUGUUUUUGACCCAAAAUAGCAGUCAUGCAUGGUGUCUAAACUGUAGCACAGCCACUACUUGCUAGCACUGUAACUAUGCUAGAUGGUGACGCCCAUAAUGCUGUAAUUCUCUACUACCCUUACAUAAACAAGCUCAGAUGACAGAUAGCAUCCUGUAUUAUUGUAAGUAAAGUUGAAUAGGGGCUAUGCAAUACAAAGGUGAAUCAAAUUAUCAGAAACAUUGUGAUUUUUAUUUAACGAGACGAUAUUUGAUCCGACAAUUGACAGCAGACUUGGUAAACAGCCUUUUCUUUUUUAUACUUUCAAUUGCAAAAUAUUCGCAACAAGUGAAAUAUCUCACUGUUAAAAUAAAAGUUGGAUAGUUUUUUUUUUUCUUUUUUUUGUCUUAAAGUUACAAGUUAUUACAAGUACGUCAGGUACGCCAAGAUUAGCACAAACCCAAACUGUCCCAGCUUUAAGUAAGCUAAAUGGUGAUAUAAAGGGUAAAUAGAUGCUGUUCAGCAUGUGAGUGUACGCAUACAUACCCAAGCAAAGUGAGUGUCCUACUUUAGCCACUCCAAUUAUGAAAGUCUGGCUCCGCCCCUGCCCUUGUAUCAACCAUGCAGCUUUUUGUGUAACACUGUUAAGUAAGAACAAAAUAAAUGACCCCAGUGAUUGCCAACUGAAAACAAGCAGACAUAAUAAAUGGCAUGAUUGAAUACUUGAUGGGAGUGGUAAAGAAAGCUUUCUUGCAACAGGCAGAAAACUAGAAUGGAACCAGACCAAAUACUGGACCACCAUCUCCAUAAAAGGUGGAAUAGUUGCAACAAAGACAAACAUACAGAGACGCUGAGAGAUAGACGUGGGAGAAACAAACAGCAACAUAAAAAAUCAAUAAUACAGACCUAUAGUUAUAAAGCUAAUUAUGUAGGAAUGUGUCUGACGCCAAUAAGCCGUGACAAAACCUCCAUAUCUCAUGACCCGGGAUGAGAAAUCCAGCCUUCCAGAGAGGUCCAUCUUGUGUUUUUUUUAGCUUUCACCAAACUAUCAGUCACGUUAAUAAAAAUGUUGCCAUCUCUCAAGGUUUAGUGUCACAAAGAUGGAUAAGCUUUGAUAGUUUUGUGCGAUAUACUGUCAUUUAGCAUGGCAAAUGUCUGCGUAGGGCCAAAAGGUGCCCCAUCCCCAACGGAGCUGGCCUAAUUAUACAAUUAGUCUUGUGAUUGGGACAGUCCAGAGCUAAGUGUCCUGUGGGACACGCAGACACAUUAUGGCUGUCAUCAGUGUCUUCACAGCACGUAGAGGAGCUCAGGCUAAUAAUCGUGCUGCUUAUGUCCUUCAAUGAGGCGGAAGGCUUUCAUUUCUCUGAUUCAACACGUUUCAAGCUUCUAUUUCUUAAACAGUUUUUCUUGAACGCCACUUUUCUUUGCUACAAAGCGAGGUCAGUAAUGGAAAAGUGGAUGGAGAGCUGAUUCCUGGACAUUAUUUAAACCAUAGGUCAUCUUGCUAUUCAAUCAUUUCUGUUUUCAGCCUCAUCUGGGGCCUCAGCAAGCCCAACACCACGUCUCCUUUGAAGCUUGGUCAGAUGGAGACCCCAUAUCUCAAUCUCAUUGCCUAUCCAGCCAUAUAUCCGCUCUGGCUUAUCCCUGGUCAGUUGGAAAACAUCAAGACACCACAUUUUCUUCUGCCCAUCCAGAGCCAUAUCUGCCGCUUCCAAACCCAGGUUGGUUAAAGAGAAUGGGUGUGGGGCUUGUGAUGUUCGCGGACACCUCCACAAAGUCAGAGGGAGGUCUUGGCGCUGCAUGUUCAGGGACACUGGUGGCCUCCACACUGGAGACUUCUACUGUGCAUUGGCUUAUCACAUUGAAUUAGAGCUCCUACAGAGAGGCUGGAAGCUCAGGAUGAUUGGUAACCAGCUUCACCAGCUCACCAAAGAUGGACUUUAGUAGCCAAACCAUGAGGAGACAGCCCAAACGAGAGUCAAAGCUUUAUCUCUUGAUGGCAUGUCUUGUCUUUUUCUAUUACCAAGACUGGAAGACUGACUCUUGAGUUCCAUCUCUCCUCACCUGGACAUCUUUCUUUCCUCCCACCCCCUUCUUUCCAACUGUGAUAGAGUGAUUUCCCUCCUUUCUAAACACUGACCUUUUCUGCAAUAAAACCAGACACAUUCAGCCCCCACCCCUCUGAUGUUGUAGGCGGGAUGGUUCUGCACAAAUCUGGUGCUGAUACCAAUCUUUGCCCACAAUGGAGGAGGUGGUGGUGAGAAAGAUGAGCCAAAGGGAUGGAGUAGUGGAUUAAAAGGGCGGACUGGCGCUAUGCUUUUGAAUCAUUUUGACUAAUCACUGAUAGCUUUAAAGAUAUGUGAAAUGGAAAGGAGAUGGAUAGAUUUAGAUUUAUGGGGAUGGUUGUGGCGAAGAUAAAUGUUUAUAUACAUCCUGGUAUUAUAAUCCCAGGUUAUAUAUAUAUAUAUAUAUAUUAAUUUGUCUUCAAUGUAGAUCAUAAAAUGCAGUUUAAAUCUUAUUUUGAGGUGUUUUUGUUAUAAAAACAGCCUAUUAACACAAGGAAAUUAGUAUUUUAGAAUAAUUGAAGCGGGGUCAGAGUCGUGCUGGAGCUUUCUCAGGUGCCAGAAAUGAAUCUGUUUCUUUUAGUCCUCUGUAAAGUACCUUGUAAGCAGCCUCAUCCCUAGGCACAAAUCAGAAAUAACCUACACUAAAAAGUCCAUCUGCUUCUCUUUGAUAGAGUAUACAGUUCACCAUUUCCCCCCACCUCCACCCCUCCAGCCUCAGUUUCCAAGUACGCUGAAGCCUACAUCCUGCAUUUAGAGCCUUUUAGGAAAGCCCUGUCAUCCACUAAGAGACGACCGGUGCAGCAUGCUCUGCACGCUUAUCUGCGUUUUUUACUUUCCACUUCUCUGGCCGCUAGGCUGUACCAGGGCCAGGUAGCGGGGCCCGGCUCAUGCGGUUGUCCGUGGACGACCUUGCUCUCCUCACCUACUGCCUUGGAGUGGCUCCCAGUCCUGGGAUGGGGCUUUUUGGACCGGCACCAAGUCUCUACCCCCACAGAUGUUACUGA